AGUGGCUUUAUAAAGAUGGUCUACUCAUUUGUGUUAAGAACAAUUGAAGAAAUGAAGCGCCUGGCAUUUGGGGACACGGGUAGGAUGUGGAGGCUUGUGUCUGUGCUCUGGUUUCUUGGUGGUUUUGUUGUCAAUGGUAAAGAAGUUGCUUGGGUGAUUAAGGUCUACACAUCAAGUGUGGGAAAUGCUGGUACAGAUGCCAAUGUCCGAAUUGUUCUCUACGGAAAUGAGGGAACGUCCCAGUCUUUCCUGUUAGAUAAUAGAGAGAAUAAUUUUGAACAAGGCAAGCUGGACACUUUCGAGGUUGUAACGGCUGACAUUGGCGAGCUGUGCCAGGUGGAAAUCUCCCAUAACAACGCUGGCUCCAAACCAGGCUGGAAACUAGAUAAGAUAGUGAUAUGGCCUAAGCACUACAGCAACGAUCGUUACUCUUUCCUGUGCUACUGCUGGCUGGCGAGAGAUGAAGGAGACGGCAGAAUCGACAGAACAAUUUCUGCCACAAAGAAGUGCAAAGAAGAACUGAACACUAAGCGACGUGGAAUCAUGGAACAACGCGCUCGCCUGACUUCCAAUGGAAAGGAGUUUCAGUCUAGCGAAAGAUCAGCCUUUGAAAAGCAACAGGCUGGAGUAGAUGUAAAUCGCCUUCUUGGAGAACAUCGUGAAUAAUUUAACAGAAGAAACAUCGAUCAGUUGUGAUUAUCCCUGAGCUCUGUCAACGUAUUGAAGUUCAGCGGUUUCUUCAAGAAAACUGUCUUCGUGCCUGAUGUCUCAACAGCUUGUUGUCUGAGUUGCACACUAUUUCUCACACGCACAGCCACUUAUUAUUACUUCUUUGUGUCGAGCAAUGUUUGUUUACUCAAUGUUGUAAACUGAGUUGCGAGCUCCUGACUUGGAUCUCGUCCCAUAGAUCAACACAAGCUCCCGAAUAAUAAA